UGAUGGCUGGCAGGGUGCCGGUGACUGAGAAUCAGCCUGAGAGUCAGCUCGACAAGUCAUCAGAGAGCCACAAAAAGUUCAGUAUGGACGACUUUCAGAUUGGCCGUCCUUUGGGUAAAGGCAAGUUUGGGAACGUCUACCUGGCCCGUCACAAGGAGACCAAGUACAUCCUGGCCCUGAAGGUUCUCUUCAAAUCCCAGCUGGAGAAGGAAGGAGUGGAACAUCAGCUGAGGAGGGAGAUCGAGAUCCAGUCUCAUCUCAGACAUCCAAACAUCCUCCGCAUGUUGAACUAUUUUCAUGACCGCAAACGUAUCUACCUGAUGCUGGAGUUCGCCCCGCGGGGAGAGCUGUACAAGGAGCUGCAAAAAUGUGGUCGGUUCAAUGAGCAGAGGAGCGCUACGUUUAUAGAGGAACUUGCAGAUGCUCUCCAAUACUGCCAUGAGAGGAAGGUUAUCCAUAGGGACAUCAAACCGGAGAAUCUUCUGAUGGGGUACAAGGGGGAGCUGAAGAUUGCAGACUUUGGCUGGUCGGUUCAUGCCCCCUCACUCAGGCGACGCACUAUGUGUGGCACACUGGACUAUCUGCCGCCGGAG